AUGUCCGACUCACCUGAGCCAUCCGAGCCGGAGCAUCAAAGCAAACGUGCCAUGUUGGGAGCGUACUUGCACGACGGAUGGUCCAAAGGCAAGGAAAGAAGCAAAGACGAACUGCUCAAAGGCAAACUCGCCCUCCAACACUCCCUCGGGCUCGGCGCAAAACCAAACAUUAUACCGCCUGGCGAAGCCCGUGUCGAUGGAGACCUGCGCACAGUCGAGAUAGGAUGGCAUCCUGUCGCGGGCAUGGGCGGGAAAUGGUUUGCUGAGAAAUCCGGUGUGGGGGAGUUGAUCACCAAGAACAUCGGCGGAUAUCCCGACCCGACACAACAUUGGGCUGUCCUCGUUGGGGGGUACGUUCACCAGCUUUGGAUGGACGAGGAGCUUGAUGUGAUCUAUAUCAACGAGGAACUUGAUCGAGAAGAGUGGCAUACGUUUGAGGUUGGGGGGACGAGGUUUACGGACGAGGCGCUCAGGCAAGCCGGCGAAAUGGUGAUCCACAACAUGAGGGAGAAACGACCCGCAUACAAUGUGAUCAGCAACAACUGUCAAAAUUACGCAGUCCUUCUACUUGACGCUAUACAGAUCGGAGCGCACCAGGAGUUUGCAACAAGUUUUGCUGUAUAUCAAGCAGCUACAGGGGCUGGGACGAUUAAGGACCUCUUCGCCGAUAAACAUCCCGAGGAACAGAAGCCUCAUCCGGAACGACCAGAACUUCAUCGAGUAGAUACCGUGCAGAAUGCUCAGCAGGUUAUGGAUGAGAACACCACGAAGCUAGACAACCAUCGUUCGUUCUUCUAG